AUUGUGAUUACUUUGACAUUGGUGUGACAUUUUUGAAAGACGGAAGCGCUGCGACGAUCAUCUGGCAAUAUUUUUAUUUCUCGGGCUCUCAAUAUUUUAAAUAGUUAAUUACUGUAUAUUGGAAAAAGUUCCAGAAAAAUCAUAAAUCUUACAUAAGGAUAGUGCAGGGAGGGCUGCAAGUGAAGCCAGCAGAACCCCCAGAUAGUGCGCUUGAAAUAGUUUGAUCUCACUUGCACUUAUAAAAGAAUUGAUAUAUAAAUAUAUAAUAAAAUGCGUUCGCGUAGCAAUUCAGGCGUUCGCUUGGACUAUUACCAGCGAAUUGUCCAUCGUUUGAUCAUGGCACAUCAAGAGCCUGUCACGGGCUUAUUCCCAGCUUCAAACAUUAAUUCACAUGCUUGGAUACGCGAUAAUGUGUACUGUAUAUUGGCUGUAUGGGGUUUAUCGAUGGCUUAUAAAAAAAUAGCUGACCAAGAUGAAGAUCGGGCUAAAUGCUAUGAACUGGAGCAAAGCUGCGUGAAAUUAAUGCGUGGUUUACUCAUGGCAAUGAUGAAUCAAAAAGAUAAAGUCGAACGAUUUAAGAUGACGCAAAAUCCAUUGGACUCAUUGCAUGCAAAAUAUUCAAGCAAAAACGGACAACCGGUUGUCGGUGAUGGAGAGUGGGGUCAUUUGCAAAUCGAUGCCGUCUCCUUAUACCUUUUGAUUUUAGCACAAAUGACAGCCUCAGGAUUGCAGAUAGUUUUCUCUUUAGAUGAAGUUUCUUUUAUCCAAAAUCUGGUAUUUUAUAUAGAGUCAGCUUAUUGUAUUCCCGAUUACGGAAUUUGGGAAAGAGGGGAUAAAACUAAUCACGGUGAGCCGGAAUUAAAUGCUAGUUCAAUUGGCAUGGCCAAAGCAGCCCUAGAAGCUAUGAACGAAUUAGAUUUGUUUGGCGCUCGUGGUGGUCCGGCAAGUGUAAUUCAUGUUUUAGCAGAUGAGGCACACAAAUGCCAAGCUGUUUUACAAUCAAUGUUGCCACGUGAAUCGAACAGCAAAGAACUUGACUCUGGUUUACUUUGCGUAAUCGGCUUUCCAGCAUUUGCUGCAGAUGAUCCACAAUUGAUACGUAACACAAAGGAUGCUAUUUUGUCUAGACUUCAAGGAAAGUAUGGCUGCAAACGCUUUUUACGCGACGGUUACCGUACACCUAAGGAAGACCCAUCCCGUUUGUACUACGAACGCUGGGAGCUACGCAUGUUUGAAAACAUCGAAUGUGAAUGGCCUUUAUUUUAUUGUUAUUUAAUACUUUUUCAUGCCUUCCAAAGCGAUAAAUUAGCAGUCAAAGAAUAUGCAGAUCGUCUAGAGAAAAUCAUGGUUCGAGCGGAUGACGGAACUUUGCUUAUACCAGAGAGUUAUGCAGUGCCACAUGAUUUGGUAUCAAACGAGUAUCAACAUCCGGGGUCACAACCUCGAGAAGUCGUUGGCAGAUGUCCGUUCCUUUGGGGACAAUCCCUAUUUAUAUUAGGUCGCUUGCUACAAGAGGGGUUUUUAGCUGUUGGAGAAUUAGAUCCACUUAAUCGUCGUCUAGGCGCUCAAAAGAAGCCCGAUGUUGUUGUACAAGUUGUAAUCAUAGCUGAAGAUAAUGAAAUACGUGAUAAAUUGAAAGAACAUGAUUUGCACGUACAAACAAUAGCCGAGGUAGUGCCGAUCGAAGUACAGCCAGCACGCGUGCUUAGCCAUUUAUACACGUAUUUGGGUCGCAAUCGGAAGUUAGGUUUAACAGGUCGUAAGUCCCGAGAUGUGGGUAUAUUGAGCACAAGUAAAUUAUAUUCUCUUAAGGAUCGUAUUUUCGCUUUUACUCCACAAAAUAUCGACUUCGAAGAAUACUACACAACUCGAGAUCCUGACUUGCUUGCUAGCAAUUUCACAACAAAUUUAGCUUUCCUAACAAACAAUUGGCGGCACAUGUUAGGAAGACCGACAAUAACUCUAAUGGCCACGCAUUACAUGCUAGAUCAAGAUAAAAUACCACUGGCCAUGAUUCAAACAAUGAGAAAACUUAAAUCGGGCUACAUUAAUGGCACCCGUGUGAUGUUGGGCAACCUAAAAGACUUCCUCAACACGUCAGCCAUCACGGAUCUAAGUUUUUUGGGUAGCACUGAAGAUGGGUAUCCAGAUCGUUUGAAUCCUGAUGUUCAGGCCUAUCUGGACGAACAUCUGUUGCGGUCGUUUAGCCAUCGUGGCAUGAUGAAGCUACAUGGCGCCCAUCUGCGCCCACGACAAUUGCGUAGGCGCAUGUCCUGCAAGGGCGCCAUCAAGAAGACGCGUUCUAUUAACGUUGAUUCUGACAACUUGGGGAUGGAAGGACCAACACCAUUAUCCGAAAGGCGUCUGUCAUCUGUGAUCCCGCCACCAUGGCUGCAGCCAAAUAAAGCGAAUAAUGUUAGUGUCUUUGCGACGACUCCAGAGGAGGGUCCUGCAGUAGUUGUGGACCCACUUAUUCGUGAAAAUAUCUACCCAAUCGAUCCACAUCACAGCCGUUCGGCCAUUGAACGUCGCAGUGAGUUUACAAGACAACAAGAAAUACAAGCUUUACCAAAAAUUCUCGUUCAACGCCACCGGACCGAUACCAAUUUCGCCGACACAGAAGUAGAAGAAUUGAUUGCAAUGUUACGUGAAACGGAAAAUCUGGAAGAACAAGGAGAUAUUUUGCAAUAUUUAGUCGACACUCAGGGCUUGGACUUCAAUACAGCUGGCUUAGGUUUGAGGAAUAAGGAUUCUGGGAUGCUGGAGGAGGGACGUGUCGUAACGGUACGUGACCUCCUGAAAGGUCUCUACGAAAAGGCUUGCCAACAGAAACUUUGGGGUCUGGUGCGCCAUACAGCCGGUAUGUUGGGCAAACGGGUCGAGGAUUUGGCUAAGGCUGUAACAGAUUUGUUAGUGCGACAGAAACAGGUCACCGUUGGAAUGCCACCUAAUAAUGAAUACACAAUAACUGCACCUUUGCCAGAAAUUGAGCUGCGACAGCUAAUUCAUGAUACUUACGGUGAUGAUGAAAGUACCGCUAUGCUGACACAAGAACUGAUGGUGUACUUGGCAAUGUUUAUACGCACCGAACCGCAGCUAUUUCAUGAAAUGUUACGCCUUCGAGUGGGUCUAAUUAUUCAGGUAAUGGCAAAAGAGUUGUCGCGCACACUAAACUGUGAUGGUGAAGCAGCUUCCGAACACUUGCUCAAUCUUUCGCCAUUUGAAAUGAAGAACUUGCUCUACCACAUACUUAGUGGAAAAGAGUUUGCUGUGAGCAGUGUUGCACGUGGAAAUCUUUCGAUUGUAAGCUGUAAGUCAAGUCGCGUCAGCAAGAAAAGUCAAAUUGGUCUCGGCGAACAGGAUGGUGAUGAUGCACUCAUAGCGACAAUAGAUGACCGUCAGGGCCAAUGGUUACGACGUCGCCGCUUAGAUGGUGCACUUAAUCGCGUUCCACGCGAUUUCUACUCUCGUGUCUGGAGUGUACUGGAAAAGUGUCAAGGAUUGGCCAUUGAAGGUCGUAUACUGCCGCAGAGUUUGACACAAGAGAUGACAACUGGCGAAUUAAAAUUCGCUCUAGAAGUGGAAACUGCACUCAAUCAAAUACCACAACCGGAAUAUAGACAAUUGGUGGUGGAAGCUCUAAUGGUGCUCACACUCAUGACAGAACACAAUAUGGUGCCAUCUCUCGGCGGGAUUAUAUAUGUGGAACAUCUGGUACACAAAGCCAAUCAAUUAUUUCUAGAGGAUCAGCGCAAAGUUCAAGGCGAUGCCAUGCUUUGUUGUGCCAAAUCCAAAGAGGGUAAGGACCAGCAGGCGGCUUCUGGUAUGCUACUGUGCGGCGGCGCUGCUUACAUCUGUCAACAUCUUUAUGACAGCGCACCCAGUGGUAGUUAUGGCACAAUGACAUACAUGGCUCGUGCAGUUGCACUUGUUUUGGACUGUGUUCCAAAACAUGGUGAAAUGGAAUGUGUAAUUUCUUAAAUUUAUGCACUGUAUAUUAUUAUUCGGCCAGGCUUUGAAUGCCGCAGUUUCAUAUGUACGAGUAUUUCAUAUUUAUUGAUAUAUGUACAUACAAUACUAAUGUCAUCUUCGAAUUUAAAAGUUUUAAACGAUUUUCAACUAAUUACAACUUAUAUAUAAUGUUCUAUGUAUUCGAAAAAAUAUUUACUAUCAUAUCAAGCUCGAACCGUCGUAAGAUAUUUUAAACCAAGCAAUUGUUGUUUAGCAAGGAGUGGAGCAUACUUAUGACACUACAAUAGUAAGACAUUUUUGUUGAAUCAUCUGAAUUAAUCAAAUAAAGUUCUUCUGCGAUUUAUUCAAA